AUGUUCCACAAACGCAGCAGCUUAGGUGGCAGGAAAGUGUCUCCGCCUCAACCCACCUGCAUGACCGCUGAGCAAAAGUCGACCUAUCUCGAGAACCUACGAAACAAUCGACCUGCUCGACCAACAGGCUCCCGCCCACCUCCCUUUUCUCCCAAAGCACACGGCACGACAGCCUCUCAGGUUUCGGUAGCACGCUCCGACUCUGCUCCAAGUGCUGUUUCUCGGCACAACGAUUGCCAGAAAGAUGAAGCACCUUCAAGCAAUGGAGACCAUCCCAUCGUGCACAAAUCAGUCUCCUUUUCUUCCACACCAUCCUCCGUCAGAAGUCGGCCGCUAGCCCAACCUCCUCACAGUGACCUACCGGUUCUCAAGGGCAGAAAGGUGUCUCCCACAGCCAUUGUCCAGAUCCCACCACCUCCUGACGAAGGUGUAUACGUGGAAUCAAUAAGUAGGGUGUUGGAAAAGGAGGAGGCCCACAACCUACGAGAAGCAUUAGAAUUCAUUGACCAUAAGGACGAUGAGAAGAGAAUCUACGAUGCAGCUCAGAGCGAAGCGGCCGACCUGGUGUGGAGACAUCAAAACCCGAAAGCUGAAGAGGAGGAAAAGUCUGCUGCCUAUCGCAAUCCUGAACUGAAAUCCUACGCAAGGAGACGGAGCAACGGACAUCGACAAGCCAGCGGGUCUCGGAAGGUGUCUUUCCCGAACCCUGAAAGCCAAAUUUACGAAGAACCAGAGCCGAAGGACGACCUUUCCCAGGCAUCUAUCAAGCCUCCGAGUACCACACUACCUCUGAGAGUCAAGUCCAGAAAUACGCUUCCUUGGCUCAAGAAAAAGGUAUCUGACAAGCCAGAGACCGCACCGCUUCCAGACAUGCCCAGGAUCGAUCCAUUCGAAAUUCACAAGAAUCCGCCUAGUCAGUCUCGAAAUGCAGGCUAUACAGCCAACACACCUCCACCAGCGCCUCCCAUCGAUGUCAUUGAAGCGCCGGACACACCUAAAUCAGCCGGCACACUAGAAAUCCGAAGUGAAGAUAUCCGAGCAGCAACGAGCAUGAAGAGAAAAGACAGGAGUCCCAAUCUACCCACACCGACUGCCGUCAGUGAUCAUCUGGGUCGGCCCAUUGUCAGCUUUGAUCCGUCAUGGAAACCAUCUGGUGACUCGCCCAAGACAAGUCUAGACAUUGACAGACCUGCCAUUAAAUUGACACAGUCUCCAACAGCUGCUAGGUUUGGUGACCGGCCUUUGCCUAAGGCUGGCCCCCAUAUUCCUGAAGUAACUGUCUCUGCUUCGGCUAUUCCAACGAUCAAUCUUCCUGACGAGGAGCUACACCAAAGACAAAAUCCAGCAGUCCCAUCUCUGACGGUGUCUGCCCCAACUGUGCCAACGAUACGUCUUCAGGACGACGGAGAGGAAAUUCCCAUCACCACCAUUGGCGACGACGUAAGUCAGUCUCCCCUGCCGACUGUCAACCUAGUGGAUGAAACCAAACGACCUCCCAGACCACUGCCGCAGCCUACGGCAACGGCAACAGUCCCUACCAAACCUGCAAUGCAAAAUGGCUCGUCCAGUCGUUUGCCCUGGCUGUCUCGGCACUCGAUGCCAACGGUGUCGUGCUCAAGCUGUGCACUACCCAUCUCCGGCCGCAUCGUUACCGCGUCGGGCUCACGCACCAGUAGCCUCAAAGCCCGCUUCCACCCUGAAUGCUUCUCCUGCUACCAUUGUUCGACGUUGCUGGAAUGUGUUUCAUUCUACCCAGAACCCGACGACAAACGUUCGGAACGACUCGAAAGCCUAGGCAUUGACCCAAGCUCCCCCGACGCAGCUAACGACCCUCUACGGUUCUACUGCCACCUCGACUUUCACGAAUUUUUCUCUCCACGCUGUCGCUCCUGCAAAACCCCCAUUGAAGGCGAAGUCGUCGUUGCGGCUGGGGCGGAGUGGCACGUCGGCCAUUUCUUUUGCGCCGAGUGUGGCGACCCCUUCGACAGCACUACGCCCUUCGUGGAACGUGACAACUACGCAUACUGUGUGUCCUGCCACACGAAGCGCACCUCGGCACGAUGCAGAGAGUGUAAGCAGCAGAUCCUAGACGAAUUGACUGUCGAAGCACUUGGCGGCAAGUAUCACGAACGUUGUUUCGUCUGUUUCGAAUGCGGGGGAGGAUUUGGCGAUGAAGGACGCUUCUUCAUCCGCGACGUCGAGGUCACACCCACGGAGAAGGAGAUGAGGAAAGGUAUCACGCGGAAGCUCGAGGAGAAGGCCGUUUGCGGGCCUUGCGAGGAGAGACGCUUGAAGGCAUAG